CCUUAGAUAUUUGUAAUGGACUUCGUCCAGAAUUUGGAAAAGGAACCCCUGAAUUUUAUAAGGAAUUAUCUUAUAGAUGUAUGAAUGCAAAUCCAAAUCAAAGACCAACGAGUGAAGAAUUAAAGGAAAUAAUAUGUUUUUGGUAUUAUUCUAUUAAAUAUUAUGAGUACAAUCGUCUAAUUGCAACUUCUCGCUAUCGUCUGCAUGAUGAAUUAAAUCUCACUAAUGAUCUCUUCUCAGAUGAAAAUAGGUAUGUCUUCACACACAGAAAAGGGGCAU